UUUUUUCUUUUUUACAUUCAAUGAAUUUCAUUUCAAGUGACAUCCAGUGAUAACAUGAAAGAGGCAAAUGCAACUUUGCUGACAGAGUUUAUCUUCACGGGACUUACACAGCAACCACAGUGGAAACUCCCCCUGUUCCUGGUGUUCUUGAUGAUAUACCUUAUGACCCUUGUGGGAAACCUUGGUCUGAUUUCUCUGAUCUGGAAAGUUCCUCAUCUUCAUAUCCCUAUGUAUUUUUUUCUUGGGAAUUUAGCCAUUCUGGAUACAUGGCUGUCUUCAACAGUGACCCCAAAUAUGCUGGUCAAUUUGUUAAUCAAGAGCAAGAUGAUCUCUCUCACUGAAUGCAAGAUACAGUUUUUUUCCUUUGGAAUCAGCAUAACCACAGAAUGCUUUCUCCUGGCAGCAAUGGCUUAUGACCGCUAUGUAGCUAUCUGCCAGCCUUUACUGUAUCCAGUGAUUAUGACCAACAGACUAUGCUUCUGGCUACUGGUUUUGUCAUACAUAGGUGGCUUUCUUCAUGCCUUAAUUCAUGAAGUUUUCUUAUUCAGAUUGAUCUUCUGUAAUUCCAACGUAAUACAUCAUGUUUUCUGUGAUGUUAUACCAUUAUUAAAGAUUUCCUGUACUGAUCCUUCUAUUAAUUAUCUAUUAAUAUUUAUUUUCUCUGGUUCAAUACAAGUAUUCACCAUUGGAACUAUUCUUGUUUCUUAUACCCUAGUGCUCUUUACAAUUUUAAAAAAGAAGUCUGAAAAGGGUGUAAGAAAAGCCUUCUCCACCUGUGGAGCCCAUCUCUUUUCUGUGUGUUUAUACUAUGGCCCCCUUCUCUUCAUGUAUGUGCAUCCUGCAUCUUCACAAGAAAGUGAUCAAGAAAUGAUAUUCUCCCUAUUUUACACUGUCAUUAUUCCUGUGUUAAACCCCAUUAUAUACAGCCUGAGAAACAAGCAGGUCAUGGAUGCACUAACAAAAAUUUUGAAAAGAAAUGUUUAG